GUCAAUGCGGCUGACUACCAAUAUUCAAAUUUAUCUAACCAGCUUUUUCAAACGACAAUAAAUAAUAAUGUAUUAUAAAAAAAAAGAGAAAUAAAGAAUAAAGAAACUAACUAAACUAACUCAACAGCUUACUUUCAAGUUUCAACAAUUUUCAAUCAUUUCAAUAUCAAUUCCAGGAAAAGAAAAAUGCCAUUUUAAUAUUCUAACUAAGCUUCCUCUCAAAUUCCCUCCAUCAAAACCGCCAAAUUCAAGAAUGAAACCGCCGCAUUCUGCCGAAUAACCGGAAAUUCAUGCGCCCGCCGGCGAAUCUCCUACCAAUUUCAGAAUUUACAAUCCCUCUGCCAGCCAUUUCAAUUUCUCUCCAUGAGAGACCUCAAAGAAGAAGCACCAAAAUCCAGGGGAGGAUAGAGGAGGAAGAAGAAGAAGAAGAAGAGCUACGGUUCAUCUUCAGCCAUGUCGAUUUCAAUCCUCGAAUCCUGCAAGAAGAGAAAGCGAAGGCCUAAACUUUUUGGAUUCCAAACCUUCGGCGACCCCGGAUCUCCGAUCACUCCCACCGGUCCAUUUCGUGACAAUAUCAGAAUCUUUCUUCAACAGUGUGCGGAGAUUGAAGAGUACAGAGUUCAAGAAAUGCCCAUCUGGUGCACUCUCCUCGUUCAUGAAAAUCGAAGCUUUGUUGUCCCACUUUACACCAUUGAAGAGGACGUGAAGCUUUCCCCAAAGCCCUACUGCGAUCACUGCCGAUGCUCUGGGUGGAGCAAUCAUUUUGUGUCGAAAAGAAAAUAUCAUAUCAUAAUACCUUUGGAUGAUCGGUGGAACAAACGUCUUGAUGAUGGCGUUUUCGAUCUUGAUGAUCAGACUCAUCUUCUCCAUGGCUUGAUUCACUGCAAUGGCUUCGGGCAUUUGCUAUGCGUCAAUGGCAUCGAAGGAGGCUCCAAAUUUCUCUGCGGCAGAGAAGUAAUGGAUCUUUGGGACAGAAUCUGCACAAAUCUUAGAACUAGGAAAAUCACAGUUGAGGAUUUGUCCAAGAAAAGGUCAAUGGAUCUUCGUCUGCUCCAUGGGGUAGCAUAUGGCCAUCCAUGGUUUGGGAGAUGGGGCUACAGAUUUUGCCGAGGAAGCUUCGGCGUGAAAGAACACCAUUACAACAGAGCUUUGGAAAUCCUCAGUUCACUGGAACUCGAUAAGAUAAUCCACGACGUUGAUGACACAGACCGAGGAGCGGAGAUGAAGCAAAUCAUUCGCCAUUACAGAAAUCUGAGCGAAACGCAUUUGAUCACAUUGAAAGAUCUGCUCAAGUUUAUGCUGACAGUAAAAUACGUUACUACGAUUCAGAAGAAAUCGAUCCAACCAAUCGCCAAAUCUCCUCCUUCCAGACAAUCUCUACAGCGAAACAAGCAGCAGCCUCUGGCGAAGGAGAAGCAAAUGCGGUACAAAAAGUUCGCCACCGCAAUUUCAAACAUGGACAGCCGAUGGCCGGCGAGACGCCUGGAAUUCGCGGCGGAGGUGAUCGUGAAGGCGCUGGAAGAGAAGAAAAGAGACAGAUUCAGCCAUGGCGGAAACGGAAUGACUCGACAGGACGUGCGAGACGCGGCUCGCCUUCACAUCGGCGACACCGGAUUGCUUGAUUAUGUUCUAAAAUCACUGAACAAUGUGAUUGUUGGGAACCAAAUAGUCCGCCGCGCCGUAAACCCUAAGACGCGGAUUUUGGAAUACACGAUUCACGAACUCAGAAAUGGCGUUCAAUUAACAGAAGAUGAGGAACAAGAAUCAUCACCAACCUCAGAAUCGAAUCCAACUCCCGGCGACGAUAUCUACAGCGACGUGCAGUGUAUUUACAGAAACAUUUUUCUCGACUAUCCAGAAUCAGAAAUGGUGGAACUAGCGACUCAGGGAGUCCUCGAUAGCAAACAUUUCGCCAAAGAAUGGCCUCUCAGAGACGAAGAAGAUCAUCUAUUGACGUUCAUUUGCAGAUUGACUCCGAGGCUGGCUUUUACACAGUCGGAAUCGGAGUUGAAGAACGAUUUGAUGCCGACCGGCGAAGUGUUGGUUCUUCCAUUACACGCCACCAUCGGAGACGUGAAGGAAGCAGCAGAAAAAGCCCUAAGAGACACAUAUUACGUCACGGAACAGUUCGUGGUUAUGGAGAUCGAGAAUAUGGAGAACUUCGAAGACCGUGAGGUGAUUUUCGGAGCGGUAGAGUCGGGAAUGGAGUUGUUUGUGAAAGGAAUGGGGAUGGAUUUGGAGACGCCAUUGAAGUACCAAGGAGGAGUCGAUACCUGGAAAGUCCGGUGCGAGUGCGGCGCCGGAGACGACGACGGCGAGAGGAUGGUGGCGUGCGACAUCUGCGAGGUUUGGCAGCACACGCGCUGCUGCGGGAUCGAUGAUUCCGAUAACGUGCCGCCGUUGUUCGUCUGCGCCGCCUGCUGCGACUCGCUCGGGCCGCUGAGGAUCUGAAAAAGGAUGGAGCGCCGGUGAUCGGCGCCGGAGUUUUGUUUCCGCCGUCGUGUUGUUGUAGUUGCAGAGAAUUGAAUAAAUAUGCAAAUAUCGUAUAGUAUCCAAUUUUGGAAAAUGGUUAAAGAAAAUAACCCCUUUUUUCUUUUCCCUUGUGUAAGAAAAUUAGAACUAACUCCCCCUCUCAUCGUUUUGGGAAUACUAUUCAAACUUGUGAUUGAGAAAAUAUGAACAUGAACAUUUUCUCAUCAAC